UCCAGAAAUAACAGUAAAGUAUAAAAUGAACCACAAAUCCCGCGGAUAUGCCUUAAUAAUCAACAACCGUGACUUUAACUCAGGAACCCACAUGUCAUCCCGGAAGGGCACUGACCAGGAUGCCCAAAGUCUGUACAACCAACUAGUCGGCCCGAUGGGAUUCGACAAAACACGUGUAAAAGUAUUCAACAACGUCACUGCCUGUAAUAUGAAAAAAUUGUGCACCUCGUUGGUUGACCACAAGGACUGCGACAUGUUUUUUUGCGCGGUUUUGUCCCACGGAGAUUCGUCCUAUGUUUAUGGGGUGGAUGGGCCUCUCUCACUCUCCAGUCUACUCGAGCCAUUUAAGGCUGACGUAUGUCCCACUUUGGGGGGAAAACCGAAGGUUUUUUUAAUUCAGGUGGGUUUAUUGGGGUAUUUGAGGCAUGUCGGGGAGACCGGCUGAUGAAGGCCGCGGAGGUUUACGACACAAUCGACAGUUCUGCCACGACCAGCAGGAUUCCGUCCGAAGCUGAUUUUCUGACUGUUUAUUCGACG